AUGAUUGAUACUUCUAGAGACCUCUCCGAGAAUCGGCUCGCCAUCAUCACCAAUGAACACCUGCGUGGGCCGACCGCCAUGCGGAACCUGCAACUCGAUCGGAAUGCACUGUUCUGCAUGGAGACCGACGUAAUGUCAUCUUGGCAAUCGCUCGAAGUGCUCGCCAUCAAUGGAAAUAAUUUGACCACGCUGUCGAAAUUUUCGGUCCCAGAAUCGAUGCGCGCGAUCCGCUUAGCCGAUAACCCCUGGCUCUGUGAUUGCCGAAUGUCUUGGGUGCAUCAGGAGAUGAACCCGCAGUGGCAGUCGGCCAUCAAGUGCUAUCGACCAGCCCUCCUGAACGGUCGUUUCUUACCCUCACUUCGCGAUGACGAGCUGAAAUGCUCAGGGAUCGAGAAGCGAGCGUCGUUCAGUUGCGCAGACACCCGCAUCUGCCCCAUCUCAUGCACUUGUACGGAGAGUACGGUGGAUUGCAGAGAUCGGGGCCUUACCCAUAUACCGUCAAAUCUUCCAAAGUCGACGCAGGAACUGCGUCUCGAGCAAAACAAGAUCACUUUCAUCCCGGCCAAGGCUUUCCAUGAUCUCCCUCAUCUUCGCCGACUUGACUUGAGUCAGAAUCAAAUCGUCGAAAUCGCCCCGAACGCUUUUUCAGGACUGGAAAAGUUGAAUUCAUUGGUCCUCUAUGGUAACUACCUCCAAUCUCUUCACGAAGAAGCUUUUAACGGGCUCUCCUCGCUGCAACUCCUCCUGCUCAACGCGAAUCAGCUCACUUGUCUCCGAAAAGGCUCAAUGACGCCACUCAAAAAUUUGAAUCUGCUCUCGCUCUACGAUAACAAAAUCCGCUCGAUCGCCAAUGGCACAUUCGGAGCCUUGGAGAAGUUGCAGACAUUGCAUUUGGCUAAGAACCCGUUGAUUUGUGAUUGUAAUUUGGAAUGGUUAGCAAAUUUGCUGAACGCACGAAAAAUGGAAACCUCGGGUGCGAGGUGCGAGGCGCCGAAGCGGUUGGCAAAGAAGCGGUUAUCGGCUGUGCCACCAUCGAGAUUCCGAUGCAAAGGUGUGCAAAAUAUGUUCGCUACGGAUCGGGCUGGGGAAUGCAUGAUCGACCACGAUUGCCCGGUGGAAUGUGCUUGCAGCGGAACUGUCGUUGAUUGCAGUAAACGGUCACUAACAUCAGCGCCGGACAACAUUCCCCAGUUCACCACUGAACUUCUCCUGAACGGCAACCAUAUCACGAAGCUUGGCGACAAUGCUCUCGAUCUACCGAAUCUUAAUAGAAUCGAUUUGUCCGACAAUCAGCUAAUUGGCAUCCCUAUUGACAGCUUCUCCAAGAUGCCGCAGAUCUCGCAAAUUGAUCUUUCGAAUAACCAUCUGAAGUGCCUAGCGGAGAGGGCUUUUUCGUCCUUGAAAAAGCUGGAAUCACUGAUUCUGGCCGGAAAUAACUUCACCUGUGGUUGUCAUCUAUUGUCUUUUGUCGAGUGGUCACGCGAAAAACCGGCGCUGAUGAUCGAGAAAGCCAGCUGUCGAACCGGGGAUCAAUCGACGAAGUUUGUAGAUAUUGAUGCGGAAGCGAUUUCUUGUGAAGGCGUUCGGGACGAAUGUGCUGAUGAUGGGAAUUACUGUCCACAGGGGUGUACUUGUAAAGACACUAUUGUCAGAUGCUCCGGCCAAAACCACACCUCGAUCCCAUCGGGCGUCCCGAUCGCCACCACCGAGCUGCUCCUAGACUCGAACCUCAUCACCAAGCUCGACCCACGCAAGCUGGCCGGCCUCGUGAAUUUGGUCAAGCUAGAUCUCUCGAAUAACCGUAUCAACUCGGUCGAAAACGACACCUUCCAAGGGUUGCCCCGACUCUCGACGCUUAUCCUCAGCUACAACAAGAUCCAAUGUCUAGCCGAACGGGCCUUCGGAGGAAUGUCUACCCUUCGGAUUCUGUCGCUGCAUGGCAAUGACAUCUCCAUCUUGCCACAAACCGCUUUUGAGGGCAUGGAAAAUAUUACACACAUAGCACUUGGCAGCAACUCGCUCUACUGUGACUGCAAUAUCCUCUGGUUUUCGAAGUGGAUCAAACAAAAGUACAUAGAGGCCGGCAUCGCUAGAUGCGAAAGCCCAACGGCACUAAGAAACCAAUUGCUACUGACGGCACAGCAGAAUCAGUUGCUCUGCACCGAAUCCACCCCACCCAGGAUACUAUCAAAAUGCGACCCCUGCGUGCAACAUAAAUGUGAAAAUAAAGCGUCGUGCCAGCGGAAGAGCAGCGCCGAAUAUUCAUGCUCGUGCGCGGCGGGAUACUACGGGGAGAGGUGCGAAAAGGAAAUUGAUGCUUGUUUCGGGCAUCCCUGCAUGAAUAACGCUACCUGCAAGGUCACCGAAAAAGGGCGCUUCUCCUGCGUGUGCAAGAAGGGCUUCAACGGCCAAUUUUGUCAAACGAACAUCGAUGACUGCGCGCAAAACAAAUGUCAAAAUGGUGGCAAAUGCGUGGAUCUGAUCAACACCUAUCGCUGUGAAUGCAACGAAUUAUUCGCUGGGAAAUAUUGCGAGGAGAAGCUCGAGUACUGCUCGAAGAAGCUGAACCCAUGCAAAAAUACAGGUGCUUGCAGCGCCACGAACGGAACCUACAAGUGCACGUGUCUGCCUGGUUUUUAUGGCAAAGACUGUGAAACCAAUAUUGAUGACUGUGUGGGAAAUGAGUGCAAGAAUGGCGGGAAAUGCAUGGAUGGCGUCAACUCAUACUCGUGUGAGUGCAGCGACGGAUUCCGCGGGCCACACUGCGAACUGCCACCCUCCUCAAAUUUCCUCUAUCAAAGGACGCAACACUGUUCGGCUUCUUGUAUUCACGGCUCCUGCGUCUUCGGCGAGGACGACGAUCAACAGGAAGCCGUUUGCCAAUGUCACGCUGGAUACAUGGGGGACAAGUGCGAGCUUCUCUCAUCUGCCGGUUUUGCUUCCCAAAACUCUUACGUAGCGUUGGAACCGCUUUAUGAAUCCAGUGCCAACGUCACUUUCCUAUUGACAAGUCAGAGCAGAAACGGUCUCGUUGCCUAUUACGGAAAUAAGAUGGCACAUCUUUCGUUGGAGCUGUUCGCGGGCCGACUGAAGGUUUCUUGGGACAUUGGCAACCCGCCAGCAUCUGUUUUGUACAGCUAUUCCGUUCUGAACGACAAUCUGCCCCACCACAUCAACCUUCAGAUGAAAGGCCAGCGUCUGUCGGUUAAGGUUGACGACACAGCAGUCCAAUCGGUCGAAAAUUCGGGAAGUGCCACGGAAUUUGCGCUGAAGUCGAAGGAAUUUUUCUAUUUUGGACGCCCGAAAUCAGCUGUGGCCGAGGUGGCCCUGGCUGAAUAUCAGAUCCGGCAGAAUGAGAGCUUCAAGGGUUGCAUCUCGGAAUUGGUCAUCGAUGGGAAAAUGGUUGAUUUCUCGAAUGUCGUCGAGCGACUGGAUAUUGAAAAAGGUUGCAACGAAGUUGUGGAUUACUGUGCGGGAAUGGUGUGCGGCACCGGGCAAUGUCAUGUCGACGUGAAGACACCGCGCGGCUACAGAUGCCAGUGCCCUCCGGACUUCAUGGGGCCCAAUUGCGCACAGAAAAAAAUUCAGUGCAACAAGGAGAAGUUUAAGGAAUACUAUGAGGAGGGUGAUUGCAGGUCGAUUGAAGAGAUCAAAUCGGCACGUUGUGAUGGCUAUUGUGGCGAAAACGGAAAUUGCUGCACGGCGGUCAAGCAAAAAAGGCGAAAAAUCAAAUUACACUGCAAGAACGGUACCAGCAAAAUGGCGGUUGUGCCGAUCGUGCGAAAAUGUCUUUGCAACGAGUCGUGCUCGGCCAGGAAACGAAUA